AUGGGAAAGCCAGUGUACAUAAAGAAGAAUGAACCAAAGAGGGUGAGAGCCAGGUGUAAAGAUCCAUGUCCAUGGUAUGUGUUUGUCUCAAUUGAAAAGGCACUUGGCACAGCAGAUUUGGUUGUGAAGACAAUGUAUGACAAGCAUGAAAACUGUAAUCAUGCUUGGAAAAAUAAAAAUUUGAAAGCCAAUUGGUUGUCAAAUAGAUAUAUGGAGAGAAUUAGAUCAAACACUUGCAUGCCAACUUGGGAGAUUAGGCAAACAGUGCAUGAGGAGUAUCAAACCCAAAUUUCUAAAUGGGUGGCUUCUAAUGCGAGGAAAUUGGCUGUCAAAAUGAUACAAGGGUCGGCUGAAGCCCAAUACAAGAAAAUUUGGGAGUAUUGUGCUGAGAUAAAGAAGACACAUGAAGGGAGUACAAUGGAGAUAAUGUUUACUCCAUUUAGAGGACCAGGGGGUAAUCCUAAAUUCAUGAGGUUAUACUGCUGUUUAGGACCACUGAAGAAGGGAUUCAAGGAUGGCCGUAGGCCAAUAAUAGGCCUAGAUGGUUGCCAUCUAAAGGGGAUUUAUAAAGGACAGUUACUAACUGCCAUUGCUGCAGACCCGAAUAAUGGAUGGUGGCCUAUUGCCUGGGCAGUUGUGGAGAGAGAAGCAACUGAGCAGUGGACUUGGUUUCUCAAAUAUCUAAGUGAGGACUUGGAAAUCGAAAAUCAGUGUCACUAUACCUUUAUAUCAGAUCAGCAAAAGGUAUGA